AUGAAAACCCGACGUCAUACUACUGAUUCUCGUAUAACUUCAUCACAUAAUGAUGGUAUUAAUACAUCUCCAUCAACAUCAUCUGAUCAACAAUCAACUGAAACAUCCCCAACUCAAGAUGUUAUUCAAAACGUUCCAAAGUCUGAUGUUUGGCAAUAUUUCGAAAGGUGUACUUCAACUGGACCUUUAAAAGCAAGAUGUCUACUAUGCCAACAUGAAUUAUCUACACCGAACUAUGGAACAUCAACUCUUAAACGUCAUCUGGUACAAGUACAUGGUAUAAAACAAUUUGAUUCAGCUGAUGCACCAAGUUUUUCGACCACACCUAUCAAAAUAUCAAAAUCAGAAAAAAAAGCAUUAGAUUUAUUAGCUGUAAAUGCAAUCAUUCAAGAUGGUAGAGGAUAUGGUGAUUUACAGAAAACUGGUAUCAAAAAAUUAAUUGAUGCUUUGAAACCAGGUUAUAAACCACCUCAUCGAAAUACCGUGGUAAAAGAACUGAAACGUCUUUAUCGUCACCAUUCUAUUCGGACAAAAAUUGAAUUUGAAGAAGCUACAUAUUUAUCUAUUACUUGUGAUUUUUGGAAAGACCGAAAAAAGAAUUCAUAUCUAGUAAUUACAGGACAUCAUAUUGACAAAAAAUUCGAUCAAGAUUCGAAAAUAUUACAAUUUAUGAAAUUUGAAGAUCGUCACUAUUCAAUAUUGAUUGCAAAUGAAAUUGAAAAUCAAUUAAUUAACCUGAACUUGUAUGAUAAACUAGUCACCAUCACGUGUGACGGCGCGCCUAACAUGCGCGAUAUGUUUAGUUAUUUUACUCGUCGAAAUAUAAAAUAUAUACAUUGUACUGCUCACAAAUUACAUUUAAUCAUAUGCAACAGUUUGAAUCUCUGGGUUGCAUCAAAAAAAAAAGGAAAUACAACAGAUGAUGAAGUAGGUAUUGAAACUGGUAUAAUGGAAGAUGAUGAAGAUGAAGCUCAAAUUAGUUUAAAUCAAAUGGUGAGAACGAUGUCCUUUGAUACUGUAUCAUUAUCUAAUGAAACAACCAAUGAUGAUAGUGAAAGUGAUGAAACAUCAAAAGUAAGUUAUGAAUUUCUAUUCUCUUCAGUUGUAGUUUUCAAGAUCAAAUAUAAAUUUUGUAAUAGUAGAAAGCAAAUAAAAUAG